UUGUGAUCGGCUUAUUGCGAGGGACGUGCAGACAGCCUCCUUCCACGACAUCCAACUAUUUUUGUUGUACCACCUGACUGAAUCAGUUACCCUUGCAAAAGAUCUGCUCAAUCUACAAUACAUAUAUGUAGUCGUACGAUGUCUUCUCCUUUGAAUCCUUCACCACCUCCAGCCAUCCCCAAUUCCGCCAAAGUUCGCGACUCGGCCCCGAAGGUUGUACGAGAGCAAAGUCGGCUUGACGGGAUCCUCGAGACCGCGAGACAGCGGAAGCUGGCUAUGGAUGGGACUGGGAAUUCCAGCGGUGUGGACGAGGUAGGGAGCUACGGCUCGCGGACAGACGCGCUGAAAGCAAGCAACAUCAACGAUGGGCUGCCGGAGACAGAGAGCAGUGCGGACGAGGAGACGAGCAUUAUGCGGCGGCCCAGGAAGACGAAUCCGAAUGCGAAUUAUCAGGGCACGGCGCUGGCGAAGACGUCGUCGAGGACGAGGUCGAUGGGGAAUAAGCCGAGCACGAGCAGUAUUCGCCGGGCGGGGAGGGUGCAUAGGGAGGAGGAGCCGCAGCAUGGCGAUGAGGCGGUGGUGGAUGAGCAGGAGAGCUGGUGGGCGAGGCUGCUGUCUGAUUAUGGGAGCUUGGAGCUGGAGAAUAAGGGGAGUGUGGCGAGAGAUCAUUUGGCGCUGGAACGCACCUUUCUUGCAUGGCUGAGAACCUCGCUCGCCUUUGCUUCGAUUGGGAUAGCUAUCACGCAGCUCUUCCGGCUCAAUACUACUUCUGCGGGCAGUGGGGGAUUCGAUCCAUACCAGCAUCUAAGACAGAUGGGGAAGCCGCUUGGUGCGACGUUCCUUGCUAUCAGCAUUGUGAUGCUCUUUGUGGGGUUCCAUCGGUAUUUCGAGUCGCAGCACUGGAUCAUACGGGGGAAAUUUCCUGCGAGUAGGGGGAGCAUAGCGCUGGUUGCGUUCGUCACGUUUGCCUUGAUGAUUACAUGUUUGGUGGUGGUGGUUGUUGUGGAGCCUGGGCAAUAUGAAAAGAGAUAAUAGGAAUACUCGUUGGAGUUUGGGAGCUGUUGCACAGAUGGGUGGCAUUGAAGGAGUCUGGGAAGGUUGGCAUUUGCUUUGGCGUUGCUUCAAGCUACUGUAGAGAUAUAUCAAAAGAUAUUUGCGGUACAAGUGGGCAGAGUCAACCAUUCAAGACUAGUAUUGAACUUCCAAUACAACAUCAAAAUCGAAAUUUAAAAGCUUAAAC